ACAACCUUUGCGGUACGGGACUUGCACGUUGCGAUGUUGUCAUCAACAAACGGAGAUGAGUAUGAUUUCGACUCUUCAGAUGAAGAAGACGUGAGAAAUACCGUUGGAAACAUACCAUUACAAUGGUAUGAUUCCCUAGCGCACAUUGGUUAUGAUACCUCUGGAAGACCUAUAAUGAAACCAGAUAUUUGUAAUGGAAAACCUGAUGCUAUUGACGAAUUUUUACGUAACACAAAUAUCGAAGAUGGGGGAUCAAGUAUAGAGUGGCGUUGUAUACGUGACCCACAGACUGGCCAGCUAGUGUUGUUAAGUGAUGGUGAUUUGGAGAUUGUCAACAAGGCUAUGAAGGGUGAGGGUAUUACUGCUGAUUCGAAAGAAGGAUCUUUUGAGACGUGGGAAGAGUGGUUCACCAAGGAUGUUAUGCAAAUGCCACUUACUGCCCAUCCCCCUCAGAAAAGAAGUUUCAUCCCAUCCCUGCUAGAUAAAAGACGAGUUGGUAGAAUGGUUCAUGCUAUUAAAAGUGGUUGGCUUGUUCCAAAGUUACCAUCUUGGGCAUUAAGCGACCGAGAUAAUCUAGAUGAACUCCGGAGAUACGGUGCAUAUAUGGCUUCUGGAAAUCCGGAUGUUCUGGAUGCAGAUUACGAUGAAGAACCGUUGAGUUUUAGUGCAUUUGAUGUAUCGACAUAUGUAUUUCCUGAUGUCUGGAAUAAUCAAGAUAAUGAAAAUGACCUUGUGAAUAGUACGACAUCUUCAUGGCAGUCAAAAUUGCCAAUGCUUGCUUCUGAUUACCGGCCACCACGUCCACGUCCUUACCAAAAAGCUCCUGAAGAGCCUUUACCUGGACAUAUAGCCUCCUAUAACCCGCCUCCAGAAUUUUUACUUUCUAAAGACGAAGAAAAGAAAGUUAUGAAGGCUUGGCGGGAACGUGUACGUGAUGGGCACGUUUCACGUGUUCCACCACAAAUGCCUCGAAAAUUUUCAUGUUUAAGGCAUGUCCCAUUUUCCGAACGUUAUUUGCAUGAACGUGAAGAGCGUGUUAAAGAUUUGAUCAUGGCUACGCGUUUUGAAAAACAGCGUGUUGCAACUACUCCAGAAGCUAUGUUGCCACCCAUUCCAAGUCUUUCACAAUUGAGACCUUAUCCGAGUCAUAUGGGAUUACAAUACAAUGGUCAUUCAGGCCGUGUAACCUCGUUAUCAGUUUCUCCGUGUGGACAAUGGCUUGCUAGUAUUUCCCCAUCUGAUGGUUAUUUACGCAUAUGGGAAACUUCUACAAACUAUUGUUUCCGCGUAUAUCGUCUUUGUAAUCCAUGUGCAAAAGAAAAAGUUAAAUUAAAACAAUAUAACAAAACAGGAGAGGUAAAUCAUGAAGAUUUACAAUUGAAUAGUAAUAAUGAUAAUGAUGAAGAGGAAUUAAAUCAUCAGCCGAGUGACGAUGAAGAAAACUGGUCUCCAUCUUCUCCUUCCGCUAGUGUCUCAUGGAAUCCUAAUCCGGAAUUACAUCUUUUAGCUGCAGCUAUUGGCACUCAACUAUUCAUCAUUAAUCCAGCUUUAGGAGAUCGUGUUCGUGUGUCACACACUGAAACAAGUCUUUUAAAGUGGUGGUCAGAUAUGAAUGACAAUGUAGCCAAUAUAUCUGUCCAGAUACCAGAUGACAAGUCUGAAGAUAUUGAUGAUACCGCUGAAACUAUUCCAAGCAAACAGCUACGAUUGGAUAAUCAAAUGACUAUCGAUGAUGAACAAUCAGAAAUUGAAAUGAAAACAAUGGCUAAAUGGACUAUUAAAAUACCACCACAGACAGUGAAUAAGGUGGCUAAAUCCAAAACAUUUGAACGUCAUCGGAUUAUCAUCACUGUGACUGAUCCUAUAAUUAGUUUAGAUUGGCAUCCAAAAGGUGAUUAUCUACUUACUUUAUCUCGUCCAAUUUUGUCUGCACAUGUUCGUUCACGAUCAGCUAAACGAUUAUUACUUCAUCGUUUAUCGAAAAUGUCUAGUCAAGCUCCAUUCUCUGAUACUGGUAAGCCAGUAGAAUGGAAACAAGCUGGAUUUCAUCCAACUGGCAAACCUCAUUUAUUUGUUGCUAGUCCACGUGCAGUACGUAUAUAUGAUUUAGUGGAACAAAAAGAAUUACGUUGUUUACGAUUGGAAAGUUCAUCGAAUAUCAUCAGUUGCAUGGCACUUCAUCCAUCAGGUUAUUUAUCAUUUAACAAUGUUACUUUUUAUUUUAUCGGUUUUAUCAUUUUUUAAAAUAAUUAUCUGUUAAGUCGGCUUCCAGCGAAUCAAACAGAGCCUCCAGAGGCUCAAAAAGAGCCCCAACCAACCAGAGUACGACAGAACAUUCUGGAGUUCCAACGUGGCAUGCUACCAUUGGUCAGUAGCAAUUUAUGUCGUUAAUUGGAUUGGCUGAAUUAGGAUGUUGAUUUAACUUAAGCAAACAUCUAUAAAUACCUACGAUUUUCUGUACAAAGAUGAUCCUUGCAGUAAAGGUUUUUUCUGAUACCCAUGUCUUCUCUCUGGUCUUCAAGUUGCUGAAUAGUGCUAGUCCUGGUGUUAUCGGGAUAGCUUAGGAUCCGAAUAAAGCGUUCAACCUACAAGACAUAUCAUUAUCAAUCAUUAUAUUCGUGAAUGAGCUUGGAUAUUGCUCAGGCACCCAGAAACAAGCGAUUUUCUUGUAGAUUUACUCUCUGAAUCUUUGGUCUAGAGGUCUAACCCACAAAACAAUGGGCAACGUUAGAUGUAGUCUUUUGGUAACUACUGAUGUCCAAAAUGGGUGCAUACACUAUUCGUUCCCACAUGACCUUGGGGUCUAUGAACACCAUUGAUUUAUAAUCAAUGUUUCUCAACUUUUAAGUAAACCACCCGUGUCCAUUAACCCGGUCCAAGAUCCGGGCAUUUGCUUUUCGUCCACAGACUACAAGCAUGCCUCGCUUGACGCGUGUUAACUUACACAACACCUAGAUUUACGGUUCCCUUCUAUCUAUCUUCAACUGUCUGACAACUGAAACACGACUUCUAAAAAAACAGCAGUUGCUUGAUUCCUACGCUAUAGCUAUGUUUAAUCCUUAUUCAACGUUAUUGUAACCUCCAUACAUGCUGAAUUACUUUUUUUGUACUUAUAGGAGAUCAUUUAGUUGUUGGUAGUUAUGACAGUCGUUUCAAUUGGUUCGAUAUCGAAUUGGGUAAUGUUCCAUUCAAAAAGUUACAGUGAGUUUAUUUAUUGAUUUAAUCAAGUAUAGAUUUUAUUUUAAAUUUAUUCCUUCACCAGGUAAACUUAGAUUUGAGUCAUGUCUCAAUUAUGGGGAUCAGUGAUACUACCCAUCUGUUCAAAUUAAAUUACCUAGAUCUGAGUUCCAACCAGGAUCUUAAAGUCAAAAACCUUAACCACUAAACCAUCGUUCCACAACUUAAGAAUGUUAUGUAUAUCAUUACCAAUUCCUUAAUCAGUCGUUGUGAGGGAAUCUAUUUUUGGGUAUAUGUUGAACGGUUUCUAAAAUUUAGAACAUUCCUUAAAAUAUUCAGUAUUGUCUGUUUGAAUCUUCCCAUCGAUUUGUUAGGACUGCAACUGGUCAGUCUCUCUCCUUAAAAUAAUAGAACUCAACUGUACAAUACGGAUAUAUGUCUUCAUCUUUAAAUCAAAUUUCUUAUUUAGGUUACUGAUACUAUUAGUAGUUAGUAAUGAGCUGUUGAACGUACAACUGAAUGGUUUUAAGUUGAGUAAAUUUAAAAACAGACCAUCACUCCUAAUUUUUUUACGUUCAUUCCUAAUGUCAACAAACGAUGCUUUUGUGAAACCAUGCAUAAAAUGCAUUUAAAUAUUUUAAGUCGUUGCUUAGGCUGUCACCAUUAAUUAAACGCUGGUCUACACUGGAUUUUAGUAUUACAUACAUAGUGUUAUUACUGAUUAGAAAUAAUUUUUAUAAGAUAUCAAAAAUAAAAUCGAAUACUGAUGUUACCAUGAUAAUACGGAUGAAUCUUCCCGUCAUUGACUAUUAUAAAUAAUCAAUGUAAAUAAAUCUCUCUGAUUUUAAACUUGAAAAUGAUGCUGAUUGAUCACUACACUAGGUGGUUUUAUGCAGAUUGUGAGAUUCUCAUGGUUUGAAUCACUAAAUUAUCUUAGCUAUUUGACCAUUGAAAAAUUGGAAGUACUAGACGGUCAUUUCAUCCUUGUAUUGGACUACUUAGCAAUACGCGUUCACGACCCUACAAUGGGAAAUCAGACCCCAAACUCUUGGUUUCGUGUGCGAACACUUGACUUCUAAACCAUCAAGCCAGCGGUGUAUAUGCCUAACUUCAAUCAAUUCACGACAUUUCACAACCCUCAUAUAUUGCCUAAGAUAGAUUACUGUUAUGUACUCAACAUUGUUGAACUCCACUGGCCACAGCUUUCAACUUAUAACUUCAGGGAUUCCAUCUUAAUGAUUAAUUUUUUGUUUGUCAUGGAGUCGGAAUAUCAUGAUGUGCUCUAAAUUAUCAACACAACCCAUAUCAUUAUUGAGUAGGCCUUAUAUUACCCGGUUGUUGAUAUCAUUGUCUAAAUCUCGGCUACUCCUUCCGCCACAAUCAUUUCAACUUUUUAUCGUAUGUGUGUACAAGUAGGAUUUUGCGUAAUUUAUUCACUGGCCUAUUAGAAAACGCCGUUUUUCCUCCUCAAUCUAAAUACUAUUCAUGUUAAGGUAACAAAUUCUACGUCCAUCACACAUGUAGCACAUUACGAUUAAACAUUAAGGUAUACAGUUAUUUUUAAUAUAUAGUCGGUUACUCGUCCCGUAUAAAUCUAAGUCUAAAUUGAAGCAAGAAAUCUCCUAUCGCUCACAUGUUCAAUAACUAAAUCUAUCCUACUGUAAACGUCAUAUUUAUCCCGUAGUAUUUGUUAUCGCCAACUGGAUGUUCUAAACCUUCACAUUAGAUGUUGCGCGAUUCGCAUACGGGCAUUCACUGCAUAUUACUUUAAUAUAGAUAUCGUUGUUUUUCACUUAUAAUAGAUUUCUCGAACCAAUAAAUUGUUUUUUAGGCUCAAUCAUGGCGCUGUUAGACAGUUAGCAGUCCAUAACCGUCGUCCAUUAGUUUCUGUAGCAUUGAGUGAUGGUACUAUUCUCAUAAUUCAUGGAAAAGUAAUCGAUGAUUUAUUAUCAAAACCAGUUGUUAUACCAGUUCAAUUAAUUCGUACUGGACAACCAGCAACUCAUUCGAAUGUAUUUUCUACUGUGUUUCAUCCACGUCAACCACAUGUGUACAGUGGUGGAGAAGAUGGCAGUGUUAAACAAUUUGUUGCAUGGAAAUAACACUUUGAUUGAUUGAAUCUAUUAGGAUGAGUUACUUUGUAUUCUCAUAGUUCGAAUCUGUAAUUUUUUUUCUUAUUCUUGUAUAUAUUAUGUAUAAAUAGAGAUAUGUAAAAACAGAAGUGUGGAUAAACACUUGGUUUUAAAGUGAAUGGAAAUAAAACAGUACUGACAU